AUGGUUUUGGGUCUUGACAAACGUUACGUCUGGGGUGUACUUCCCUUGCUUGGCUUUGCCAUUGGUCAUUUCCUCGAUCAGAAGGAAACUGAACGUAUGACCAGAUUCAGAGACAAAAGUGCUUUGUAUGGUCGUCCAGAGGGUCGGGCACAGCCAUCAUGGUAGAA